CCCCUUUUCACCGGAUGUGACGAAAUUAAGUAAAUAGAGGAGCAGUGUCCAGAGAAUAAGAAAAUAGUGAUAAAACAGCGAUAUUAAAAUACACAUUUUGCGGUUGGUUCAUGCUGAAGAACAUUUAUAUGAUAACCAGCUCCGGGGUCUAACAAAGGUUUAAAGGUGACACUGUCCUGCAAUGUUCACAGACAUGGACUACGAUCUGGAGGAGGACAAACUGGGGAUACCGACAGUACCUGGGACUGUGUGUCUGAAGAAGGAUGCUAAUAACCUUAUUGGAAUCAGCAUCGGGGGAGGGGCUCAGUACUGCCCUUGCCUCUACAUUGUCCAGGUCUUUGACAACACACCAGCGGCUCUGGAGGGGACGCUGGCUGCAGGCGAUGAAAUCACAGGCGUUAACGGCAAACCAGUGAAGGGAAAGACAAAAGUGGAGGUGGCCAAGAUGAUUCAGGCUGUCCAGGGAGAAGCAACAAUUCACUACAACAAACUACAGGCAGAUCCGAAGCAGGGAAAGUCUCUGGAUAUAGUGCUGAAAAAAGUCAAGCAUCGCCUGGUGGAGAACAUGAGUUCAGGCACCGCAGAUGCUCUUGGACUCAGUCGAGCUAUUUUAUGCAAUGAUGGUCUGGUUAAAAGACUGGAAGAGCUGGAGAAAACAGCAGAGCUUUACAAAGGGCUCAUGGAACACACAAAGAGGCUGCUCAGAGCUUUCUUUGAACUUUCUCAAACUCAUAGAGCAUUCGGAGACGUCUUUUCAGUCAUCGGGGUCCGAGAGCCCCAGGCAGCGGCCAGUGAGGCCUUUGUGAAGUUUGCCGACGCUCACCGCAACAUUGAGAAAUACGGCAUUCAGCUGCUCAAGACUAUCAAACCUAUGCUCCAUGACCUGAACACGUACCUCCACAAGGCCAUCCCAGACACGAAGCUCACCAUCCGAAAGUACCUGGACGUCAAGUUUGAGUAUUUGUCUUACUGCCUGAAGGUGAGAAUGGAUGAUGAAGAAUACAGCAGUAUUGCCAUGGGAGAGCCCUUGUAUCGCGUCAGCACCGGUAACUACGAGUGCUUGGUGCUGCGGUGUCGGCAGGAGGCUCGUGCCGCUUUGCCAAGAUGAGGAAGGGAUGUUCUGGAGAAGAUAGAGCUGCUUGAUCAGAAACACGUCCAGGACAUCGUGUUCCAGCUGCAGCGCUUCGUCUCAGGCAUGUCGCAUUACUACGAUGAUUGCUACGCCGUGCUGAAGGAGGCGGAUGUCUUCCCGAUCGAAGUGGACCUGUCCCGCACUAUGAUCAACUACAGCAGCCAAUCGUACUCCUACACAGACGAAGACGAGGAGGAAGGAGGGGGAGGAGGCGGUGGCGGACAGGAGGGAGGGAGCAGCACAGGCAGACAAACAGAGAACGGAGCAGAGAAACUGAUCGAUGACGAUUGAGUGUGUGUAUUGUACAUGUGUGCUGUGUUGUUGCUGAGAUCAGGUCCAGCCCUCUGUCACAACUUCACUUGCAGUUCACUGCUUUUUGAUGUGGAAAACCCUUCACUUAAAACCAUCCUCAUCAAGCCACUGCUGAAUGAGUGUAAGAGACUGAAUUCAUUUAAAUGCUGCAGAUCAUGAGCUAUACGCAUAGAGGUGUGCCUUCUUGACUUGUGGGUUUGGGCUGUGCUUUAAUGUGCAUGUUGUGGUUUG